UAAAUCGCCGAUGGAGCAAGUACCUCGUAUUGGGAUUUCGGAGAUUUUUUCAAGCAUUGCAUGAGUUCUUUGAGCCCCACAAGCGUUUGAUGACCAGAGCUUUCUGGGUGGAUAGUUUGAAGCUCGGAGAGAUUUCAGCUUAUUCAGAUAGGAAAUUUUGAUUCUGAACAGAAAGCCGCCGACCAAGUAGUCUAUUAACUUCAUGUGGUCAUUGGAGAUGUUAGAAGGAAGCCUAGGAAUGUCCUUCCCCAGCACAAAUAGUUGGCCAAUCUGUACAGACAAAGUGAACAAGAUUAGGACUCGGUGCAGAACGAGGGCCAAUCACUCUGAAGGUAUCAAAUUGUUGUCGGUUCUGGCGCCAACAGAUGCAGGAGGAAAUCCAUCUGAAGCAAGAAAUUUUUCAGGGUCUAGUUCAGCUCCACGAAGACACACUCUCCCAAAUCCUCUGCUUGGCCGCGGAGAUGCUGUCGGCAUAAUUGGAGGAUCAUCUGUGCUUUCUACGCUAGUUUUCUUGGAGAAGCUUGUCUUGUGGAGCUCCAAGGGCGGGGAAAAAAGCGUCCCUUUCGUGGUCUGCAGCGACCCCGCAUUAAACAAACACCUUUCCCUUUGUAGUCCAUUCCACUCGUCGCGCGGAAGAAAUGUUCGGACAGAGCUAAAUGAAGAAGCAGCCGUCGAAAACUUGCGGAGAAAGCGAGCAUUUCUUGAGGAUGCAGGAGCCGGGUGUGUGGUCAUGCCGUGUCACUUGUGUCAUGUGUGGCACGAGGAAGUAUCCAAAGGGUGUGACUUGCCAUUUCUUCAUGUGGCCGAAUGCCUCGCGAGGGAGCUCAAGAGGGCCAAUUUGAAGCCGCUUGAAGCUGGAAGUGAUGUACGAAUCGGGCUGCUUGGGACCAACGCUGUCUUGAUGAGCGGCUUUUAUCAGGAGCAGCUUCAGAGGCAGAGGUCUGAAGUUGAAAAUGUUCAGGGCUUCGAAGUCGUGCUGCCUGACAAAGCAACCAUGGACCACAUUUACAUUCCAGCAGUCGAGGCGUUGCACAGAAAGGACAUCGAAGGGGCGCAAAAUCUGUUGAGAGUAGCGAUUCAAGUUCUCCUAAUCAGGGCAGCAAACACCGUAGUCCUGGCUUCCGACGAAUUGCAGGGUCUUCUGCCUCGUGACGAUCCUCUUUGGAAGAAGUCCAUCGACCCCAUGGACGCGUUGGCAAGGUCGGCAGUAGAAUGGGCCAAAUCUAAAGGGAAAAAACGGCAUAACCAAGGUGAAGCUUAAUCUUUCUUGGAAACAUAAGCCAUAGCUCUCGGUCAAAAAAUUUUGUGCAAUGGUGGAGGAAUUCCGCUAGUCAUGUUUCCAUUUUUUGUUCUGAACAAUCAUGUUAAGCAAAGUAAGGAUUUAGACAUAUAAACUGGACCGAUGAUCAAGCUUUUGAUGCAU